CGCGCUGGGCGCGGGAGGGGGGCGGCUGCGGGUGGAGGUGCGCUUCUGACAAGCCCGAAAGUCAUUUCCAAUCUCAAGUGGACUUUGUUCCAACUAUUGGGGGCGUCGCUCCCCCUCUUCAUGGUCGCGGGCAAACUUCCUCCUCGGCGCCGCUUCUAAUGGAGCCCCACCUGCUCGGGCUGCUCCUCGGCCUCCUGCUCUGUGGCACCAGGGUCCUCGCCGGCUACCCAAUUUGGUGGUCCCUGGCCCUGGGCCAGCAGUACACAUCCCUGGGCUCACAGCCCCUGCUCUGCGGCUCCAUCCCAGGCCUGGUCCCCAAGCAGCUGCGCUUCUGCCGGAAUUACAUUGAAAUCAUGCCCAGCGUGGCUGAGGGAGUGAAGUUGGGCAUCCAGGAGUGCCAGCACCAGUUCCGGGGCCGCCGCUGGAACUGCACCACCAUAGAUGACAGCCUGGCCAUCUUCGGUCCUGUCCUGGACAAAGCCACCCGCGAGUCGGCCUUCGUGCACGCCAUCGCCUCUGCCGGCGUGGCCUUCGCCGUCACGCGCUCCUGCGCCGAGGGCACCUCCACCAUCUGCGGCUGCGACUCGCAUCACAAGGGGCCGCCCGGCGAGGGCUGGAAGUGGGGCGGCUGCAGCGAGGACGCCGACUUCGGGGUGCUCGUGUCCCGGGAGUUCGCGGAUGCGCGCGAGAACAGGCCGGACGCACGCUCGGCCAUGAACAAGCACAACAACGAGGCGGGCCGCACGACCAUCCUGGACCACAUGCACCUUAAAUGCAAGUGCCACGGGCUGUCGGGCAGCUGCGAGGUCAAGACCUGCUGGUGGGCCCAACCCGACUUCCGCGCUAUCGGCGACUUCCUCAAGGACAAGUACGACAGUGCCUCGGAGAUGGUGGUGGAGAAGCACCGUGAAUCCCGUGGCUGGGUGGAGACCCUCCGCGCCAAGUAUGCGCUGUUCAAGCCGCCCACCGAGAGAGACCUGGUCUACUAUGAGAACUCCCCCAACUUCUGCGAGCCCAAUCCCGAGACGGGCUCCUUUGGCACCAGGGACCGGACUUGCAAUGUCACCUCUCACGGCAUCGAUGGCUGCGACCUGCUGUGCUGUGGCCGUGGCCACAACACGAGGACGGAGAAGCGGAAGGAGAAAUGCCACUGCAUCUUCCACUGGUGCUGCUACGUGAGCUGCCAGGAGUGCAUCCGCAUCUACGACGUGCACACCUGCAAGUAGGGAGCCAGGGGGCACUGGGAACGGGUGAAGCGAGCGGCUGGGCAGAUGCGCCGGAGCCGGCUCGGCCGCCCCUCAGCACGACGGCCCGCACCCGCACGGACUGUGGCUGACCCCGCCCGGUCAGCGCCUGGACCGCCCGCCCGCGGAGGCCUCCCCGCCCUCUCUCCUUUCUCGCCCCGCUCUGGAUGGUGUGUGGUUCUCGAAGAAGGGGCUUUCUUUUUAGUUCUCCAGGGUCUGAUAGGAACAGACCCCAGGCUUAUCUUUGCACAUGUUAAAGAAAUAAAAAUGGAAAAAAAAAUUCUCCUCCGACACAACAGGCCGGGCCACCGCCGCCAGGGACACGCCAGCGGCCGCGAUGGGACUUCGCGCAGGCGGGAGCCCGGCUGCCGUCCCCCGCGCUCCUGCUGCCGUCUCCUCCACACCGCCCCGCGCGGGCAGGAGCCGGGCCGUGACGUGAGCGCCCGUGGGCCCGGGCCCGUCGAGCGGCGGCCGCGGCCCUCCCAGUCCCGCGUGCUCCGCACCGAGGCUCCCGCCACGCACCCGGGCGCCCGUCCGUAGCCAGUCCGGGGGUCUGCCAGGAACGCGGUGCAGGGCUUGUGUUUUGUUUUGUUUUGUUCUUUUUGUUUUGAUUUUUAAGAGUCGGACCCCAUGUAAAUAGGUUACGUUGCGGGCGGGCGGCGAGCCUCCGGCAGCUCCGUUGGCUUCCUGGGGAAAGCCGCGGGGUCUCGGGGGCCAGGGUCGGUCCGGCCGGGCCGCUCGGCGCAGGCCGUCCACGGAAACAGCUCCAGGGCCAGCGGCUGCCAGGCCAGUCCCCCGGGAGAGGCCCGACCUGGGGCCGCCGAGGGGUGGCGGCCUCCCCCUGCAGCUCCGAUCUGGUGACGUGUAGAGCGGGAGGCCAAACGUGAUUCCUUCUUUCCGCUCCCAUAGAGACACGUCUUCCGGCCUCCUCCUCCUCCUCUGGACUGUGCGGGUGAGGGACAUGCAGAGUGUUGAACACGCACCUUCCGGCCCCACCGUGUGCAGACGGAGCGCCCGUGCACGCAGUCCCCAAGGAUCAGGAGGAGGCGUUGGGGAGAUGCCGAGCAAGCUGUCACUUGCUCCCUCAGGUAGAGCCUCCUGCGGCUGAGCUCCCCUGGCUGCACGCUGGUCCCCGCGGGCGUCCUGCAUGGAGGCCAGCGGGUGUGACAGGACGGAUCGACGCAACAGCUCUGUCUUAGGGAGAGCCAGGAAGAAGAGAGGCAGCCGUGGUAGAGACUAGAACAAAGUUGUUCCUUCCUUUUGCCCCUCCUCUCUCUGGUCUGCCUAACACUGACCUACGGUACCAGGUCAAGUGACCUUGCUGCUUGCUCCGGCAGGCCUGGCAAGACCAUCUAGAAGCCAUGCCUGCCCUCUUGAACCUGCUGGCAGCGAGCCCUGCUAAAGAUACACAUCCCAUCCCCUCUCCGGGAGUCGGAAAUGCCCCUCCCCAUCUCACCUUAGACUAAAGAGUUUUAAAUCAUGUCAACCGGAUAAUGCUUGCUUUAUGUGAGAAUUAUUUCAGCAGAAUGGAUACAAAUUUUCAGAACCGUCUUUUCAUAUCUAUGUAUUCUAUAUUAAAAGUGAUAAAGUCAUGUUUCUGGGGCGUAUUCAAGUAGCUGACAAGUAAUUAUUUAAUAAUAGUACACUGAGCACAUUGUAAUUAUUCUCGCCGUAGUCAGGUAAUAGUAUCCAACAGAAAUUUCCUACCGACCUGCUGUAUCCAAAGUUUUGUAAAAAGUUGUAGAAGUUGUUGAUCUUUUUGAUUUUAUAUUCAAAAAGUCUCUUUUUAUAAAUAUUAUUUAUUAUACAAUGUAUAUACCUUUGAGUUAACUAAGAUUAUAUAUUAUAUAAAUAUAUAUAUAUUUGGAGAAAAUAUAUUUCAUCAUGCAGUUUUUUUCUGUUAAGUCAUUAAAGAGAAGGUAAACAAACUUAAAA